AUGAGCAUGGACUACACUGCCAUGCACAUCCCUACAAAGGCACGGCAGGCCCUGCAGCUACAGCGGGGUGGAUUCCGCGGGGUGGUGAUUUCCUCGUGUGUGAACCUGAGGUGUCUGCUCUGCUUCCCUCCAGGCGGCCCCGACACACCCUCCAUCUCAGUGGAGCCAGACUCCGAGGUUCCCUCCGGGAGCUGGGUGACCUUCAUCUGCCGGGGCACACACUGGACUGCCAUCCGACUGGAGAAAUCUGAACCAGAUGGGUCAUACUGGGAUAAGAAGAAUAACCUUUUGAGGAGUGAAACAGAGGCCAUAUUCCACUUCCCCUUCGUGAGCAAAAACACUGCAGGGAGGUAUAAGUGCAUCUCUUACGAUGGGACCAGGUAUUCUCAACGUAGUGAGAGCCUGGAACUGAAAGUGACAGCCCCAGGAGCCCCUCGUGAGCACGACAAGGAUUUCAAUAGAGGCCCUGGAGCCCCUGGUGAGCACAAGGAGUCCAACAGCGACACACCUGUUUCCAAACACCAGCUGUACGUCCUCAUUGGCAUUUCGGUGGCCGUGGUCCUGGGUCUCCUCUUCCUCUUCCUCUUCCUCCUCCAUUGUCAGCGUCAGAGGAAACAUGGCACCCCUCACACCAAGAGCAAGGAUGAGAAUCCACAGGAGAGACUCAGCCCAGGUGUUGAGGUCUUAAAGAGAACACCAGUGGUGAUCACAGCAGAUGGGCUUCCCAAGAAGGACAGAGAGAUGGACAACUUGACCCCUGCUGCAGGACACCCCCAGGACGUGACUUAUGCUCAGCUGAACCAGCAGGCCCUCACUCGAGGGGCAUCUCAAGCUGGGUCUUGGCAGCUCACAGCUGAGUCCACCACGUAUGCAACCCUCCACAAGCACUGACCCCCAGGACCUCCUGGCUGUGACCCCUGAGGACGCAGGCAGCACUCUGGGAAGGGCUUGGAGCAGACACUGAGAGGGCUUCUCCAGUGGAAUCGUGUCUGCUCAGGAGAGUCCUCCAGUGCACUUCCAGGGAGACAAAAGGUGGGGUCUGCAGUUCCCCAUCUCAGAGACCAAGAAACCAGGCAAUCGCUGCCCCAAAUGACCAGCUUCUUGGAGAGACUGAGUCGCAGCUGUUUCCAGAGGCCCCAUGGCAGCUACUGUGUCCAGAGAGCCCACGGAUUUGCCCAGCUGAUUCACGGUCACCUAUCUGAUGUCGUGAAACUUGGCAAUCGCAGCCAGCGGCUCCCAGACCGCCCUCCUGUGAAGUUCAUCUCCCAGCACAGACGCCAUUUUCAUUUGAUCUCCCCCUGAUAUGUUUAUUGUAAUGCCAUUCACCUAUCACACAGUUCCGUAGUUCAGUGGGGUUUUUUAAAUUGAAUACUUACCGCCACAUAAAAGGGUUCUGCUGACUCCGUUUUAAAUCACUGGCCAACACAUUUGGAUGCCUCCCCAGGCUGACUUGUUUCUGGGUCUAUCUGACCUGCUCAUUCCAAGAAAUGGCAGCUGUUUCCCCACCACCAGCAGCUCUAGUUUUUAAGAUACAGAAUGUAUGCCAUAUACCACACUUCUUUAACUCGCCCAUUUAAAAAUCUGGAUAAUUUAAGGCGGUAUUUAAUUAACUACCUUUUGAGCACAAAGGGAACAUUAGAUAUUAAAAUAAGAACUUAAUAUGUGAGCAUCUACUUUUUUUAACCAAAAGCACAGGUUUCUGUGACAAAACCCCCAAGAACCCCAGUUGGUACUUAGGGAUGAAGUCAACUAGACACCCCUGGCUAUGGGGUGGAGUCAAACCUGUCAAUCAAAUCACGGACCUCCUUGACAUCAUAAGACUUGCAUAACAGCAAGAUGAACAGAGUCUCUCUCUCUCUGAAACAUUGACUUCCUGCCUGCAGGAACUCUGCCUGCCUCAAGGGGUGGCCCCUUUGGGUCAAACCCUGAGAGCUGCUAGAGCCCUGCCCUGUUCCCACCAACCUUGGAUACACUCUGCACCCACCGGCCUGUGAUCUUCCUACAUCCAGGUCGGUCAUUCUGCAUCGCCAGCGUGUGGCUGCAUGGGUCUCAAGAGGGUCUUAUGGACUAGCACUGGAUGUAUCGACUUAAGCGGAACUGGGCUAGGAUACUCUCAUGAAAUAAAAUACUUCGUGAUAUAACAUUCUUUCUUUUACAUA